CGCAGUUUGGUCUUUCGAUCGUUCUGCAUAGGGCAUUUUCGAGACUGGAGAGGCGAUCAGGCAUGGCACGGGCAGUGUCGCCGGCGGCGUCUGAAAACGGUGUCGAUAUAUCAGCGUCGCUGUUCCGGGACGGUGUUGAGGAAAGCGACCAAGACAUUACGCCGCCACCGCGUAAUGCGCGAGAUGGCGGAGAAAGGCAAGACGACGACGAUGAGGACGAUGAUGCCUUCAUCGCUGCCACACAAGCAGCCGUUAACCGCAAAGCCGACAGCCGGACUACUAAGAAGGCUGGCGCUUUUCAGAGGAUGGGCCUGAAUGCCAAUUUACUAAAGGCCAUUACCCGCAAAGGCUUUACCGUCCCUACUCCGAUCCAGCGCAAGACCGUCCCUUUGAUCCUCGACGGCCAAGAUGUGGUCGGCAUGGCCAGAACGGGCUCCGGCAAAACAGCAGCCUUCGUCAUACCCAUGAUUGAAAAGCUCAAGUCUCACUCUGCCAAGGUUGGUGCGCGAGCCAUCGUCUUGUCGCCGUCGCGAGAGCUGGCACUGCAGACAUUGAAGGUCGUGAAGGACUUUGGCAGAGGCACGGAUCUGCGCGCUACGCUACUGGUAGGUGGCGACAGCCUUGAGGAUCAAUUCGGCAGUAUAGCGAGCAAUCCCGACAUCAUUAUCGCUACUCCCGGCCGCUUCGAGCACUUGAAGGUGGAGAUGGGCUUGGAGCUGUCAAGCGUGAAGUACGUUGUGUUCGACGAGGCUGAUCGGCUGUUCGAGAUGGGAUUUGCGGCGCAGCUGCAUGAGAUUAUGCACUCCUUGCCCGCUUCGCGGCAGACGCUGCUGUUCUCUGCUACUUUACCGAAAGGUUUAGUGGAGUUUGCGCGCGCUGGCCUGCAGGACCCGAAGUUGGUGCGGCUUGACGCCGAGAGUAAGAUAGCGCCGGGCCUUGAGAGCGCGUUCUUCACCGUCAAGCGGUCGGAGAAGGAAGGCGCUCUGCUGCAUAUCCUACAAGACGUGAUCAGCAUGCCGACAGGUCCUACAGAUGCUACUACGAAGGUCAAGGAGCAGUCGGCAAAUAACAGCAAGAAGCGGAAGCGUGGUGCAGAGGAUCAAGGCCCGAACGACACACCGUCUCCGUACUCGACUGUCGUCUUUGCAGCGACAAAGCAUCACGUGGACUAUCUUGCUGCACUGCUCAAAGCUCACAAUUACGCCACAUCUUAUGUCUACGGCUCGCUUGAUCAAACGGCACGCAAAAUGCAAGUCCAAGACUUCCGCUCCGGCUUCACGAACAUUCUCGUAGUGACAGAUGUCGCUGCGCGUGGCCUUGACAUUCCCAUCCUCGCAAACGUCAUCAACUACGACUUCCCUUCACAGCCCAAGAUCUUUGUGCACCGGGUGGGUCGUACAGCACGAGCGGGCAAGACGGGCUGGUCUUACAGUCUGGUGACAGGUCAAGAUAUGCCGUAUCUGCUCGAUUUGCAGUUGUUUCUAAGCCGAAAGCUGGUCCUCGGUCGGGCGAACAGAGAGUCUGACAUGUUCAGCAGCGCGAUCGUGGUAGGAGCCUUGACCACGAGCCAGCUCGAGCGCUGCUGCGAGGAAACUGCGAAGUUGAUAGAUGAUGAUACGGACCUCGCCGCGAUGCGCGAAGUCGCUGGGAAAGGUGAGAAGCAGUACCUGCGAACGCGGAAUGCGGCUUCGGCGGAGAGUGUCAAGCGUGCAAAACAGAUUGCCGGCGACGGCGUUAUCGGUAUCAACAUGCUGUUUGGUGAGGAUGAUGGUGCCGACAUUGAGCAGCGAAGAAUUGACAUGCUUGCUCGCGUGAGCGGGUUCAGACCUCAGGAGACAGUGUUCGAGAUCGGACGAAAAGGAGCGGCAUGGAAUGAGUCGGCGGAGGUGGUGAAGAAACAGAGAGCUCGGAUUGAGGCCAAACAGCAGACGAGAGCUGAAGCGGAGGAGCAAGCGACGUCCGCCGGUGGUCCGCUGCAGAGUAGCACCGCCCUCGAUCUUACAGCCGGGCAGUCGCUGGACGACGAUUCAGAAGAUGAGCUUGAGCUCACAAAGCCAGACGCAUACGACAUGGCAGAAGCCUCCGAUACCGAGCUUGAGCUCACCUUUACCGCUCCUGAUGCCUCGCCGGAGCCGUCACGCAACAAACGCAACAAAGACAAGCCAGAAACAUGGCAAGACUCGGAGCAUUUUAUGUCUUACAUGCCCACCAGCUUCAACGCCGCGGAGGAUCGAGGCUACGGCGUUCAUUCUGGCGGCACCAACAGCCACUUUCUCAACGCCGCCAAAGAUGCGACUAUGGAUCUCGCGCAGGACGAAAGCAGUUCGUUCAAAGAAGCGAGUAAACCCGGAAUGCGUUGGGACAAGAAGAGCAAAAAGUACGUUCGCCGGGAGAACGAUGAGGAUGGCAGUAAAGGCCAGAAGUUCAUCCGUGGCGAAUCCGGGCAGAAGAUCGCUGCCUCCUUCCGCUCAGGCCGCUUUGACGCAUGGCGGAAAGCGAAUAAGAUGGAGCGGCUGCCCAGAGUUGGAGAAAUGGAACGUAGCAAUGCUCAUUACGUUGCUCAUGGUGACGGGAAGCGGUUCAAGCAUAAGCAGGAGAAGGCGCCGAAGGAGGCGGAUAAGUACCGCGACGAUUACUAUAAGCGGAAGAAGAAGGUUGAGGCGGCGAAGGAGAGGCGGGUUGGAGAAAAGGGGAAGAACGAGCUUAGGGGUGUGGAAGACGUGAGGAAGGCGAGGAAGCUGCAGGAGAGAAAGCGGGAAAAGAACGCAAGGCCGAGCAGAAGGAAAGCUUAGCGCUGCGACGAGCCAGCCAUGGCGAUUGCGGCUCCUCUCUGUCAUCCGUAGGCGUAAACGCAAUCCGACCAAACGUAACUCCCACGACCACGGUACGGCAACCAAUACGAACGCCGCUUAGUGGACAUCGUCGGCCCCAGAUGCCCUCGAUCGUUGCCUUGUGAUCACGCAAGCCCUAAACGUGAUGGAUGUGU